AAACAGCGCAGGAGUAUGUUCUUCGUAGCACAAUAGGUAUGGGAAUCGUACUUGAUUAAAACAUGAAAGCAUCAAUGUUUGAUAGCCAACACCUAGAAAUAUAUCACAUCGAUCGAUAUCAACGCCUCGUAUCCGCCACUGCACACUAUUGCAGCUACGGGUACGACGUACCAGCAUCCGCCGCCCACUUUACAUCGAUCCCCCAAGAACCCUGGCCAGAUGUGGGUUUGCCGUGGCUUUGAUCCGGAGUCACAAGGAUUAAUUUUUCCUCUCUGCGGAGCCCAAGCAAACCCACAAUUGACGCCCAACCAGCGACCAUUUGACUCAUGCCUUGGACAGCGCUGCACCGGUUGCAUGAACCGAGCAGGCAGCAAAGGGAAGCCUAGAAAAUCAGGACAGGCUUGGAUGCAAGAAGAAGGAAAAAUGAAAGGCACCCGGAAAACUUCUGGCCCCUGCUUGUUGGGCAGUCUCAGAGAAGAUCCGCUCACAGCCUCAUUCUUUCCAGCGGCGCCACCUCAGCGACUUACAUGUAUGUGCCUUGAGAUUCGUAUGCGCUGCCAGCCAAUCUGCAGCCAGUAUCAGGAGCUUUGUUUGGUUCUCGUUUCUGCAACGGUGAGGCUACAUAAAUGUACCCUUGACAUGUGCGCUGUCGUUACUCUUCUGGCAGCUUGCAGCUCACAUCGUCUAUCCGAUGCAUGGUUCCGCACAAGGUCUCUUUGCUCCGAAAGUAGACGAGGCGGCAGCCAGCGCGGCAGAGCCCGAGCCACUUAAAGGCCGAUACGGGACUGCUUGAUAUGCGUAUGCUGUGGGACACGCGGAUGAAUCGACCAGUGAUGCUGCCGAGCUACACAGGUAUUGUAGUUAUAGUAGUAGCUUUGCCUGAGUGCUACAAGAUAGGCUAGGACGUGAUCGAAGUACCGGCAUAGACAACAUAUCUCAAUACUAGCUGGCUAAGUAUUCAACCUUACCUGUUCUCUCUCUAUGGAGACGAACGAACAGUGCUACUGCCAAACCUUGGCACCGGCGUUUACUAUCAGGCAGUGCUACACCCGGCACUCGUACGAUGACGACGGCUUUGAUUCACUGACUUCAUCCAAAGGAG